UGCUGUGGCGCAGUGGCCAGCCAUGGUAUCGCCAUCGAUGCCAUCCCUUGGCUUCUUCCUAACACUGACGUUUGCUUGGUUGGUUUUCCCUCGUGAGGCGCAAGAACGGUGGCCCAAGGAGGAGAAGGGCAAACAGCUUUUUUCAUGGUUCAGCGCGGGUAAACCUUCAUGGUGCCAAGCUGAGCCUGGUAGCUGUGUGGGCCGCCGGCAAACAUACAAGGAACCCGUGGUCAUCGACUUGGUUGACCGUGAGGUUAAAUCAAUUGGUGACAUAAGGCGGUUCGUGGAUUGGGAUGGAGAUGGCGAUGUUGACUUUUUGGCCACGUACUUCGACAAAGUCCGUCAGGCUCACGGCUAUUAUGGUUAUCACUUGGGGUUCUUCGAACGUCUGGGGAAUGACACUUUCAGGAUACAUGACUUGUUGCAGAGCUGUGUAGAUGAAGUGGAACUACAUCGUUUUGGCUAUCAGUACAGCGAACUUCUGCAUUUUGAGGUGGCUGAUUGGGAUGCAGAUGGUGGCAUGGAUGUGCUGGUGGCUACAUAUCUGAAUGAAAGUUUGGUGGUGAGCUGGGCGAAUCGAAGUACUGCAAUGGGACAUGGCGAACUCAGACGGAUCUCAGUGAUUAUGGCUGAUAGCCACCUGGAGCCUGAGAAUGAGAUUAAUGAAUACUCUUUUCCUUGGAACAUGAAAGCUGUUGAUUGGGAUCUCGACGGCGACGCCGAUUUGAUUUUGGGCUCAAAUUAUUUCGAGCGUGUUGAUCCAGACACAGUCGUCCAGAGGAUUGGAGAUCAGAACCCGUUGGUGCCAGAUAUGCUGAACCCAUCGGACAUCAGUGACAUCAGUAUGGGUGAUGAUGGUUACUUGAACAUGGUGAUGGCAGCAGUCACGCAUUUGGAAUAUGGAACCCGGGGAGGUUCCCGGGUCAGCUUUCGAUCCUUCAAACGCACACUGGAUGGAGCCUUUGUCGAGCAAGUCGAACAUCCGUUGCAAGACCUUUGGGUUGAAAACCCGAUGAGACAGCCGCCUAAAUCGUUUCUGGCCGACUGGAACUCAGACGGUUUGCCCGACAUUGUAGUUUGGAAUCUAUGGAGCCAGCUGGAAUGGUAUGAGCGUACUCAAGAGAGAGACAUGGCUCAGGAUCACCACACCACUCUCUAUGAUGACAUCGAGAUUGAUGGUAGUUGCUCGGAACUACAUCUUUUUGAUUGGAACGGUGAUGGUUUCGAAGAUGUGUUGACAUACUGCGGACAUCAAUUUCAAUUGUACCUGUUUGAUGGAAAGAAGCAUUUGGAAGUUUUGGGAGUGUUUGCUAACAUAACUUGCAACCAAGCAUGCAGCAUAGCUAUGUCUGACUGGGACCGUGAUGGUGAUGCUGAUGUGAUUAUCACUUCCAACUCUGGACAUGUGCACUAUCACGAGAUGAUUGAUGGACGCCUUCAGGAGGAACAAAUUCAGCAUCCAUUUUCUGGCUUGCACUUGAUCGUGCAAGGUGUUUCGGGGGGACGUUGGUCAGGGAGAUGGAUUCCACAGCCUCUAGCAGUGGAUUGGGACAACGACGGGGAUGUUGACUUGGUUCUUGGGCCUCCGGACUUUCGCUACUUUGAACGGCUGUACGAUAGCAGCCUGUCAGAGUGGUCCAGAGAAGAGAGUCCCUUUUUCAUUGCUUUAGCCGGAGAUAUGGAUGUUGUUGCCUGGCGAUUCUUCGACUGCGACUCUGAUGGUGAUUUGGACUUGGUCAUAGUCCGCGUCGAACCAUCUUAUGCCCUAGUAGGUACCUCCUUCCAUGUUUGUGAGCAUACCGAGCAUCAUGCCUUGCGAUGUGAGGGCCAUAUUUUGUGCUUGGGGACCAACCUGGGCAAUUUUCAUUCGGAAAGUGGGCCACUUGGCAAGUUGUCCGGCUGGGAUUUUGGCAGCGCAAGAGAUGGUCAGCUGGAAGUGCUUACAAUGCACCAAGACAAAGUCUUGCAUUGGAGGGCCGGAGUUUGUCCAGCACUUGAUCCAUGCCACGAGAAAGGUCUUUGCUUGCAUGGGAAGACCAGCUGUAGUUGUAUUGAAGGCCAUGAGCUGGCAGAUUGUUCAGGUUGUCAACCCAAUUUCUAUUCAGUAGAGAUGUCAUGGGGCAAGGCUCAUGGGUGCGAGGCAUGCCCGGGUGAAGGUGGUAAGGUUUGCCAUGAUCGAGGUCUUUGCUUUGAUGACUUUGCUGCCAAGAACGAUUCCCAGAUGGCAACUGCUGCACUGAUGGCCAGGGGCCACGGUUCAUGUCUUUGUUCUGAGGGCAGCUUCUAUGGGAUUGACGAGCAAGGUCGAAGCACUUGUGCGGAAGGACAUUGCCCAGCUGGAACAGAAGAGACGCAUGGAAUUUGUAUUUCCUGUCAGGCAGGCACUUACUCACUUGCUGGAGGAGCUUGCAAGAAGUGCGGCCCAGGCACAAAGUCUUCCAAAGGAAGCAGUGCCUGUGAGAGAUGCUCCCCUGGAACCAUAUCUCCGGGCUUUGGCAAUUCGAAUUGCGAGGAAUGUGCAGCCGGAAAAUACGAAAUCAGCCGGCAGUGGUGCAAUGAUUGUCCCUCUGGCUCUAUUUCAUCUGCUGGAAACGACACCUGCACGAAAUGUACAGAAGGUUUUUAUGCUACCCUGAAGGGCAGCAGCAUAUGUGACCCUUGUCCUGCUGGCACGUAUUCAGAACUGGGCAAUACAAAAUGCAUUCCUUGUCCUUCGGGGCAAUUUUCUGGGGUUGGAAGUUCGGCUUGCAGCAUGUGCAGUGCUGGAACCAUUGCCAGCAAAGCAGGAAGCACGGAAUGUGAGUUGUGUCCUGCUGGAACGUAUGCAGAAGAGGGGGGUGCAAAAUGUAUUCCUUGUUCCCUGGGGCAAUUUUCCGGUGUUGGAAGUUCGGCUUGCAGCAUGUGCAGUGCUGGAACCACUGCCAGCAAAGCAGGAAGCACGGAAUGUGAGUUGUGUCCUGCUGGAACGUAUGCAGAAGAGGGGGGUGCAAAAUGUAUUCCUUGUUCCCUGGGGCAAUUUUCCGGUGUUGGAAGUUUGGCUUGCAGCAUGUGCGGUGCUGGGACCAUUGCCAGACAAGCAGGCAGUACGGAAUGUGAGUUGUGUCCUGCUGGAACAUAUGCAGAAGCAGGCAGUUCCAAGUGUCUUGCAUGUUAUGCGGGCACAAUUUCAGGCGCAGGCAGUGGGAAUUGCAGCCACUGCGCUUCAGGUCAUUUUGCCAAAGACUCAGUGGCGUGUGAAGCAUGUCCAGGUGGCACUGCUGCUAUUGACGGUGCGUGUCGCAGCUGUCCGUCGUGUGUCCGGUCCCGCAAGCGCGUCUUGUUCAAGUUGCGACAGCAUUCUGAUCCGAAGAACCCCUGA